UUAGCCAAGAGAAUGGUGAGCUACGAUGAUGUCCGUGAUCAUGUGGCAUCUCUGUUCAUCAUGCUGAACAAGAAAACUGUUAUCUUGUUUCGCAUCGAGUUCCUGGUGGUCCUCGCCACACUGCUCUUCUUCGCCAUGUUCCUCAUGGAUUUCUUUCGCCGCAUGAUCCACAACUCGUUCAUGAGGGCCGUCUUCAGCGUCUUCGAUGCCGUCUCCGACUCCAUUGUCCUGUACCUCCUGGGGGCCAUGCAAACGGCGCCUUUCAAGAAUCAGCUCUUCCCGGUGUGGGCUCUUAUGCUUGUCAAUUUCCGUUACAGUGCAGAUUACAUCUCCGGGUAUGGUGUUCCUGACCGCAGGGGGCGAAGGUUCACUGAGUGGAGGAACGUGUUCAAGCUCUUGGGAUCGGCGUUCCUGAAUUGGACGCGUGGAUCCAGAUUCACGGGUCCACUAUGGUCCGUCUGGUGUCUGCAGAUAGUGAGGAGUGCCUACAGAUUCUUCUCACAUAAACUGGCAGUCGGCUCCUUCUGGCAUGGCGGGAGUUCGCAGCUUGUUGCAGAACACAUGCGUGCCAGAUAUGAUGAUAGCACGAGCAACUCGCGAGUAGUGCCUGACCCAGUGACGAUGGAAGGCUACAACUACUUGGUGUAUGGAGAAGAAAGUCAUGGUUUCCAACUAAAGAAGCCUAUGUAUGCAUUUUCUGCCGACACUAGUGCCCGUCUGCCCGGAUGGUUCAGCCUAGCUAGAUGUCGUUGCUGUGCUGCAAGAGAAGAUACUUACAGCAGCACCAGGUCGUCAACACUGGUCACGCUGGACAAGGUCUGGCUAUAUUUUGGCGAUACACCUACCCAGAAUACCGACCUAAAGGAUCUCCCUCUGGCCUUCGCCUUGUCCAGGCUGCUGCGGUGCCGGCUUGAGGAUGUGACACUGCAUCCAUGUAUCUUUAAAGUAAACCGAGAGCUGGUCAAGAGCAUAAUUGGUGGGAAGGUGGGUGCCAGCAAUGCCCUCAGGAUCAUGGAGCUGCAGCUUGCCUUCGUCCACGACUAUUUCAACACCCGCCACCCCAUGGUGUUCUGGUCUGGGCUGCUAUCUCUCUUCGUCACCCUGGUUCUGUCCAUGCUGACCAUUGCUGCUGUCUGCUGGCUCGCUAUGGAUAUCCGUAGGGUCUAUAAGCCCCCAAACGGCGAGCUUGCUAAUAUGGUGAAGGGUUUUAAUAUCGACAUGAUCAUCACAUGGGCAUUCAUUUUAUUGAUGAUUGCCAAGGAGGUUUGGGAGAUGGUGACAUACUUACUCUCGGACUGGACACGCUUAAUCCUGGCAUGUGAGUAUGUGCAGAUGAGGUGGCAGGGGAACAAGUUUACAUGUCUGUAUCAGAUGCUAUUUUCGAUUUCCAGACGUAAAAUUACUGAUAAGAGGUGGCAUGGUUUCAUUGACCAGUAUUUCUUCAUGCAGUCGUAUGAUGACAGACCAAGACUUUGGAAUUUUGUUCACAACCUAACUACAGGAAUAAUUCCAAAGAAAGAUGAUGGGGCAAAGCUCAACUGUGCCAUCAAAGUUCCAGAGUUUGUCAAGAAGGCAGUUCUAGAGAAGCUCAGCACAAUGGUAGAGGAAGAACAAGGUUGUAGUCUGCCUAGGGACAUCAAGACAUUGUCCAACAGUAACCUUAGGAAGCAGUUGCAGAACUACAAGGCUUACAGUGCACCACCGACGAGCACUCAGAUCCUCCUUCCAACAAGCUCUCACAUCAUUCUCAUGUGGCACAUUGCCACCAGCCUCUGCGAGAUGGAGCUUGUGACAAAACACGGCGUCAACUUGAGCAACCCUGGGUUUCCGUGUUCCCUCUUGUCUUGGUUGACUUCUUGCUGCUCAUCCAAACCGUAUCUUAUGGAUUUGGGUGAGAAGGAAGAUGACAUCUUGUCAUGGUUAACAAACUGCUGCUCAUCCAAGUCAAGUGAGAAUUUGCCCGAUGAGCUUCGGGAAUCAUACACCGUUGCGAAUAGCUUAUCGCGGUACUGUGCAUAUCUGGUGGUUGCAAAGCCAGACCUGAUCCCUGACAGCUUUCUUGUUCCCAAGAUAGUCUUCCAAAAAACUGUCCAGAGUGCUCGUGAUGGCAUUCUGAAAAACUGUGAUUCAUUAGAGAGCAGGUACAAAAAGCUGAAAAACAAAGCAGAGAAACCUAUCAAAGACUCUGAAAAAGAAGAUGUAUUGAAACAAGGUGCGGUGCUGGGCAAGGAACUGCUCAAUCUUCCAACCGACGAAGCUCGCUGGAAGAUCCUGGCAGAGGUAUGGACUGAGUUACUUAUACACAUUGCGCCCACAUGGAAUGCACAGGCACACAGGAAGUGUCUUUCUGGAGGGGAGUUCAUAACUCACAUCUGGGCAUUGCUUUGGCACUAUGGCAUCCAGAAUAGUAGCCUGUGGCCAAAUGAAGUUGCUCCUGCAGCUCCUCAGAAUAAUGGUGUCGGAAGUGAAAACAAUAUGGACGAGACAGGGCAAGCUUGUGCAGGCAUAAGCAACAACCAGAUUGAAAUUAAUGUUCAUGGACGGGAUGAGAUCAAGGGUGCACAAGAGCAUGAGACACGAAACUCAAGGAGAGGACCAAGAAGAAUGGAGGAAACAGAGAGUAGAGAAAUCGAGGAGGGGAAUCAGGAUGCGAUAGUGGAGGACACAAAAUUUCAGAGAGGAAUGGCUGGCUGGCCAAACACAAAACAAGAGUGAAGCGAAGAAGGUUGAAGACAUAGUUCCAGAGCAGCACAACAUGACCUGAAGGGCGUAUAUGAAUUAUGCGACCAUAAGUUCUGCAACAAGAUCGCAAGCCUGCACAGAGGAUCUGUUGAUCUUCUAUCUGGGGACCUGAUUUGUUCAUAUGGAUGUUAUUGUUUAUUUCUUUUAUUUUCACUAUUUUUGAUUUGUUUGUGAUAUCCUUUAUUGGACUCUCACCUCAUAUUUACUAUUUGGGGACUUGAUUUGUUUAUAUGAUAUGGAGUCUGCAGUGUAGUCGUUUUACUUUAUUAUCCCUCCAGCUAAGGGUUAAAGUGGUUAGGAUGAUUUCCGCCCGUAACCGUUUUCUAUUUGGGUACGGUUAGAGAAUUUUGAGAUCCAGAUCCGAGUUUGAUUGAUAGGAUAUGGUAUUACUAAUGUACAACGCAAUAGGAUAAUCUGUUUUUUCUAGUCGGAUAAUCCGGCAUUUUAAUUAUGGAUAUCUGAUUAAUGGGUGAAAUUUGAAGUACUAAGUAGCAAUCCAUGAAUGCUAUUUUUGCUUAUGAGAUGAAACAUAUGCUUGUUAUAGAUUUAUUUGGCUUAGUUUAAUACCUUCUAAUGCUUUACGUGUUCUUAAAAUAUAUAAGCAUAAUAUUUGCUCAUUGUGUAUGUCUAAUUUUAGUUUAAAGCAUUUGUAUAUUUCUCAUUCCUCGUCCAGUUUCCAAUGUUAGUCUGUUCUAAGGAUUUGUGGUCGGAGGUGGAGUGCUUGCAGUGGGCGACACCUCCCUUUGGGCGCUUAAUUAGCUGUCGUUUGUUUCAGUUUAUUGCACGUGUCUCACUCUGUUCUUCGGUUCAGGUGGUGCUCUGUCAAAUCUGAGUUAUUCUAUUGAUAUUGCCAUCUUGACUUGGAAUGCACGGGGGUUAAAUGACCAAACAAGAGGAGGGUCGUUGCUAGCUUUCUGUGUGACUCUGACAAGGGUUGCAACAUAAUUUGCUUACAAGAAACCAAGCUUGCUGCCAUCACUAAGCAGAUUGUGGUCGAGAUCUUGGGUCCUAAGUUUGGGGACAACUACAUUCAGGCCUACCGCAACCCCUACGGCGGCAUCCAUAUGGCCAGAUGUAGCGGUGGAUGAAAUGGAAAUAACAACUAACAUCUGUUCCUGAAUUAACAAAACAUUUCCCUGAAACCUGAUGCCGAAAUUAGCCGGUGCCAUCGGC